UAAUAACAAAACGUAAUCAGGUUGACCAACCUACUUUUACAAUGACAAAAAUGACAUUGGAUUGUUGAAAAAAUUCUUCAUUAUCUGUGCUUGCUUGCGCCAUGCAGAUGAGUCGUAUCGGCUCUCCAGCAGUAAAUAUGGACGAGGAUACUGGAGCUGGUCACGCAUUAAGUGACUUCCUUUUGCAACUUGAGAACUACAAUCCUUCAAUUCCUGAUUCCGUGGUCGCACAUUACCUAAACAUGUCUGGUUUCGAGUCUCAGGAUCCCAGGUUGAUCCGCCUCAUAGCGCUGGCCUCACAGAAAUUCCUAUCGGACAUAGCCAACGAUGCUCUCCAGCACUGUAAAAUGAGGACUUCAAGCCAGAUGACGCAGAGCUCCAAAAACCCUAAAGGACCUAAGGAGAAGAAGUACGUUAUGACGAUGGAGGACUUAGCACCAGCGCUGCAGGAGUACGGCAUCAUUGCUCGUAAACCUCAUUACUUCGUUUGAUGUUACCACAUUAGUGGUCGGUGCAGGCUUGAGGUAAUGGUUCAUGUUUGGAUUCUCAUCGGAUGGUGCUUAUGAUAGUCAUACAACUUAUACUGUAUGACGGUUUUAACGUUACAUGCAUAAAAGAUAUGCAAUGCCAUAUACCUCAAUAGCACAAGUCUGGAAUUGUGCCCGGUAUAUGGCAAUAGGCUCACCCUCUAUUACAUGGGACUUAUAACAUAAAUAGUGAAAAGUUACUGUACAUUAUACAGUGGCAUUAUGUGCCGUAAUGUGCACCUCUGCCUACCCCUUCGGGGAUAAUACUGUGUGACGUUACGUUACCUAGUUUGAAAUCGCCAACCUGCAUUGAGCAAGCGUGGUGAUUAACGACCUUAUCCCAUGUGAGAAGAGGCCUUUGGUCAACAGUUAUAGGCCUUAUAGGCUGUUGGUGAUGAUGUCGCCUGUUAUGCAUGUAAUGUUAUAGCUGUCAAACCUUGAUUUCUACCCUUAGUAUGAGUUUGCUUUACGUUUAACUUAAUUCGAUUAAGUGACGUGACGAGAUUAAGUGACGAGAGUGCGUUCGGCGCUCUGAUUGGUUCGUUUAUUCGAGCCGGCCAAUCAGAGCGCCGCGCACUUAAAGCAAACUCAUACUAAGGGUACUCAAGGGUACUAUAUGACCAUCAAUGUAGCUUGAGGUCCUGCUUGUACUAUCAAAUUCAGUCAAGACAGGCUUUGAUGAUGGAACAAAUAGUACCUCAUGCUACACUACCGCCCUCUGUACCCUUAGCAUGAGUUUGCUUUACGUUUAAACUUUAAAAUAAUAGAAACGAGAGUGAGUCCGGCGAUCUGAUUGGUUGGUUUAUUCGAGCCGGCCAAUCACCGCCGAAUGCGCUCUCGUUUCGAUUACUUUAAACGUAAAGCAAAGUCGUACUAAAGGUAAGCGUUCAUAAGUCCGCAUCGUACGCAUCGCACGCAACGGAUUUUAGUUUGUCUUGUAUAGAAACUCAUACAACUGCGUCCACUGAUCCGCAUCGUACGGACCGCUUAUCGACAAUGCGUAAUGAUGACGUCAUACCGAAUACCGAUGCCAAAAAAUCCGAGUGAAAGUGGGAUCGGCAAUCCGAUUGCUGAUACUUGCGUCGGCAAUCCGAACGCUGUCGAUACAGUGGACGCAGUCUGAAAAAUUAAUCCGUCUGAUGCGUGCGAUGCGUACGAUGCGGGCCUGUGGACGCUUACUUUAAGGAUACUGGUGAGAAAACGUUAGUCCUCGUCUGUGUAAAGCUCAUUUAAAUCAUGUAUUGAGCUAUUUUCUAGUAUAAAUUCAUGAAUAAUGUUGAAGUCAGCACAUUGUAUGCUUAAUUAUUGUCAUUAUAAAUAGUUUAUUGUUACAUUAUAAGCAAUAUUUUUUCAUAACGUUUGUAUAAUGCACGGUAGGAAACGUGGCCAGAUAUUUCGUGCAAUUGGGUAGUUUACUUAGUCAAAAAUUAAUUAUUUGGACUUUUCAAUACAAUUAAAUAUUCAAAAAUAAUCACACUUUCGUUCAUAGAUUUUAUUAUCUACUUUAUUUGAAAUUGUCUAGCUAAUUUUCUACAAAUAAGAAAUACUUAUCUUUUUUGAACCGACUUAAAAUAAGAAGGUUCUCUGUUUCACCUGUACAUUACUGCGAUUAUCUCGCAAUUGGGUGAACCGAUUUUGGAACCUUAAACUUUUUAAGUCUGAAAAAGCUAUCCCGAAAACCACAUUAAUACAAUCGGUUCAGCUAAACGCGAGAUAAUCGCGCACAAACAUACAAAUACUGGUUAAACUAAAAACCUCUUUUUUCAAGUCGGUUUAGAAAUAUAUCUACACAAUGCAUGAACUUUACACCCGUCACGAAAUAUCUGGCUAUGGUUCGUGCUGUUACUAUCUUGAUAGGCAAUAGGCGUUAGAUAUUGUAGGCAGUGAUCUGAGUAUGAUUGUAAUGGCAAUUUAUCGCUCACCUAGUAAUAUACAUCUGCAAAAAAUGCGAAAUUGAUUUUAUAUGGACUUCUUCUCCUCUAAUAACAUCUUCUGAUUUGUUUCGUUGCGGGAUCCAAGACAGUCAUUCAUGUCCCUGGGACGCGCCGGACUUCAGUGUUCCGGUGUUUUCAUGGUUGUAUCUACUGUAGAUCCUGGUGCACAGGAGUUGUUGAGUUGAGUUGUCGCGGGAUUGUCCCAAAAAAUUACUAUAUGGUUUAGGUGUUUAAAAGUGCAUAUUAAUCUAUUUAUUUUCCAUAUUCAUCGUAAGUGUUAUAAUACCAUUAUUGUAGUUUCCCCCCUCACGCACGUAAAACAACGAUUCAUUAGUCAGUAAACUAAAAACUAAACAAGUCAGGUAAACUAUGGAAACCGUAAAUGUGCCAAUAUAUUACUGGGUGUGCGACAUUAACGUAGCGUGUCAUGGCGCGACAGAAGCUGUCUAUUUUUCGGUUUGAUGUUUUUCGCCUUGUUACCGUAACCAUAUUUAUUAUUCUACUAGUAGGACUGAUGGUACGGAGCUGCGGACUACCUAGCGGGUUUACCGGAGCUCCGGGUCGAAAAGCAGGACUUGGAACGGGGUGGUUUUUAGUCAGUAAGAGUCUGACACUCCUUCUCGUCUCGCCCAGGGCGGGAGGAGGCAUUGGAUGAUUUUCUCCCUUCAAAAAAAGUUACUACUCCGUGCUUUUACUAUAUCUGCUUGUAAUGCUCAUGAUGUGAUGGUAAUCCUCAUGAACUUCCUUAGUACUAUCAUUAGAACUUGUGACGGGAUAUUUACCAUGUUUAUUUAUGUCUAUGAGUUUCCGAUAUUUCGGCACUGUUGCAAGCGCCAUGAUCACGGAUGAACAUGGUAAAUAUCCCGUCUCAAAUUCUAAUGACAGUGUUAGUGGCCAUGUCAGUUUAAAAACUCUCUUAUGUAGAUAAUUUUAUUAUGUUUCAAGUAAAAAUAAAAAUGGUUUCGGUAAUUAUAGUAAGAAAUAACCAUAUGUUAUUAUAGGGAUAAUUUUGCAUAGUUCCUGUAGUAUUCAUAACUGUUAUGGAUGCAAUAAUUACACCGUAUAGCCUUCUACGAAUUCUAAAUUAGUUAUGCUAUCCCAUAAAUAUAUGACAAAUUAAAAUAUGGAACUGUUUCAUAAAAUUUGAGAGUUUCUUUUGGAUGAGUUGACAGAAUAUGAAAGCAACCGCGUAUUCCGUUGCUUACCAUCAGGUGAUCCGUCUGCUCGUUUACCGGCUUACCGCCUUACUCAGAGUCAUUUAAUGGUUACUUAACACAGUCCUUAGCAAUUGUUUUAAUAAAAAAUCAUUGCUAAGGAAUAGUUUAAGUAAUCAUUGAAUGUCUCUGAGUGCGGCAGUUAUACUAUAAAAAAGUUAAUGUAACUUAUAGAUUGUGAAACAGGCUCUUCAUGUAAUAGUUGCUAAUGUUAGUUACAGUGAGAACAGCUACUUAUUUGGUAUGUAGGUAAGAAUUCAGUACAGACAGUAACCAUUGGUUGGCUACCUACUUCGUUAUCACUACAUAGUAUAAAACAAAGUCGCUUUCUCUGUCCCUAUGUCCUUUUGUAUGCUUGAAUCUUUAAAACCACACAACGGACCAUGUUUAUUUAUGUCGAUGAGUUUCCGAUAUUUUAGCACUGUUGCAAGCGCAAGGCGCAUUACCGCCCGACCAGAACCAGACCUGAGCGUACUCAAAGAGCCAUAGACAUAAAUAGACAUGGUACAUAUCCCGUCUUAAGUUCUAAUGUGACUAUGUCAGUUUAAAACCUUAAAACUUCUGCCUGAACUAUUGAUUUAGUUUUUAUUUUCUUACCUGCAUACUAAAUAAGUUAGCUGAAUAUUAUAAUAAUGUGAACAGAUUUUUUAUAUAAUAUAGUUUCUUAAGAAACAAUAACACAGGUUUAGUGGAAUGUAGACUAUUACAUAAUAUAAGCGUUUGCAAUAUUUUAUAAUGGACCCCUUUUUUAACACUUGUUUUUAAUUUAAUGCUCGAUAGGUGGCGUUAGUGAGACUUAAGGGAUGUUAAUUUUAUUCUUACUGAAUAACAAGGUUAAAAAUCUGCAAUAGUAACAGCUUAAUUUAAUAUAUUGUGACCUUAAUUUUGUAAAGUUAGCUCGAGAAUAUAUUAAACAAAUUCGCGAUUUACCGACCAAAUUUUGUCGUUACCAAUGUCGAAACUUUGAAGGCGACUCAAAGCCACGCCAACGCCAUCUACCAAGCGAAAAUUAGCUAAGAACUAUUCAGAGACCACAUAAUAUCACUCUUGUUUAUCCAACUAGUGCUGACUCUUGUUUUCAUUUAGUUAUUAUAACAAUGUUAAAUUAUUUUUAAGUUCAAAUAAAACAUUAUAAUAUUUUGGUAUGUUUGGGAGAUUCAGAAUAAAUGAUAGACUGACAAUCGA